AUGCGGCCGGCCGCGCAGCCCCGGGCGCUGCCCGCCUCCGGGCGGCCGCCACUGCUCUCCACUCCGCCGCCUCCCCCUGGCCGGGCCCCCGCCCACGAAAAUCUUCGCUUCCCCAAUCAGCGCCGUCUUUUGCAUGGGCGCGCUUCGGCCGUGGCGGAACCAACCGCCGAGGAGCUUGAGUUCCUGGAUGAUGACUUGGAUGUCAAUUCCGACGAGCUGUACAAGGAGUUCGAUGCCCUGCUGAGCGAGAGCAAGCCUCGUGCGCAAGUGGGGGACGUCGUGAGCGGGCUGGUGUUCGCCGUGGACCAGAAGGGGGCGUACGUGGACUACGGGCAGAAGGAGGUCGGCUUCGUUCCGGUCUCGGAGGUGUCGCUGGCGGAAGUGAAGAAUGUGUCUGAUGUGCUGUCAGAGGAUGAUGUCCGAGAAUUUGAGAUCAUUUCUUCCAGCCGUGCAAGGGAGUUCGCUGGGGGCUGCAACAUCAUGAGCCUAAAGAAGUUGGAGUUGAACGUCGCCUGGCAGCGGUUACGGCAGUUGCAAGAGAACGAUGUUGUCACCACUGCUCAUUUGGUGUCAGCCAACAAAGGUGGCUACAUUGUGUCUGUGCUGGGUGUGCCAGGCUUCCUCCCAGGCAGCCACCUCUCGAAUCCUUCCUUGAAGAGCACAGACCUCCUUGACACAGAACGUCCUGUAAAGCUGCUGGAUGUUGAUGAGGCAACGAACCGUGUUGUGGUGAGCAAUAGGGUGUAUGUGGGUGGCAACAAAGAUGAGUUCAAGGUUGGAACUGUGGUCCUCGGCACUGUCACAAACAUCAAGCCUUUUGGGGCAUUUGUGGAAGUUGGCAAUGGUGUGGUUGGACUGCUGCACGUCAGCCAAAUCACACACGGCCGGGUUGCUGACAUCACCAAAGUUUUCUCUGAAGGAGACAGGCUCAAGGUCAUGGUUUUGAGCUACGAUCGUGUUAGGAGACGCGUUUCUUUGUCCACGAAAAAGCUGGAGGCAACGCCAGGUGAUAUGCUCAAGGAUCCGGCGCUCGUGUACUCCAAGGCAGAUGAAAUGGCAGAGCGUUUCCGGCAGCAGGUGGCUGAAGCUGAAGCCAAAGCAAAGGCAGAGGAGGAGAGACUUGCUUCACAGAGCAGAAUGGAGCCAGUAAUGGAGAUGGAGCAGUCAACAUGA